UUCACACACACACAUACACACACACAGUCCCAUAAAAGCCUGAAGCCCCUCCAAAGUCUCACAGUGAGGUGUUGCCGCCUGGUGAAGUUACUUACAUGCUGUAUUUCUGCUGCUGCUUGAGACGUCACCGGAGAUACAGAAAAUACGUGAAGGAUGUGUACCCCAAGUUCACUCAAGGUGACUUUGGUGCUUCACCUGUUUUGCUCAGCUACCUCAUCUCCGCUUACCACACGCACACCUUCUUGCCUUCUCCCCUCCAAAAUAUCUCCUCCCUUUGCUAAAAUGCUGCCAUCCCAGCCACCUCCCUCACUCAGCAAAGCUCAGGUGGGCUCAGUGGAAAGAGCCCGAUGCCCUCUCACCUUGUCCCCCUCCAGCCUGGUGGUCAGGUUUGAAGAUCCAGUCCAAGUCAACUGUUCUGUGCCGAUGAAGAGCUUUUCUCUACUGGGAUGGGCGGUCCCAUUGCUAGCUCCAGAGCCCACCAUUAAUAGCUUCCUGGUGUGGAGAGUGGAGCACAUGACCGAGUGGAGUAUUUCCCCAAUGUGCUACGCAGUCUCAGACCUGGAAGGACCCUGUCACCUUCAUCUCCCAGUGCUUGUUUACAAGCCUCCAGACAGCGUGUCCCUCAACUUCGUGAAACACACGGGAUCAUUGUUAGAGCAUAGUCGCUACACUCUUCGAUGCACCGUCCACAAUGUCGCCCCUGCUGGGAAUGUCCUUGUGACCUUCUACCGAAGCCAAACUCAACUGGCGACACAACAUUCAAACGUGACAGAGAAGACACCGGUGACCGAGGUCUUCCCGCUAGACAUUGUGGCCAAAAGAGAAGACGAUGGCGCAGACUACUGGUGUGAGGCUGAACUACAACUGCACCCAACAGGUCAACAGCAGCGUGUGGCGGUUACGUCGGAAAAAGUGAGAACCACUGUGCUGUUUGGCCCGCAACUGCUUUGUCCUGCAAAGCUGCAAGUAAAGAUGGGCGAAAGCUUGCACUGCGACGUGCGAGGAAACCCCGAACCCUCGGUCAUCUGGCUCAAAGAUGGCCGCCUGGUGAUCCCGCCCAUCCACUCAACGAGAGCACACGCGGGAAAAUACACCGUCUUGGCCAUGGGACUUUUUGGACAGACAAAUGUGACAGUGGAGGUAGAGGUGGUCACUAGCAGAGGAAUCACGAGCACCCAAAGAAGACACUUCCUGCUGGCUACCCUGCUUGCACUGAUAUUGAACUUGAUUUAAACACUUAAAAAUAACCCAAUAUGGUUUGUGAUUCAAGUCUGACUGCUGUCGGCACAAACGGGAGGAUUAUUUGUCAGGGAGUUUUGCUUUCAUUUUCACUUUAGCCUAUUACAAUGAAUGAUUUUCUCACUCAAGAGAAUUACUGAGCAGGUACUUCCUCAAUCCAAUUUCAUAAGUAUUAAUAGUUGUUUCCCCCACCCACAGUAAAAAAGUAUAACUGCCAAUAAAUGAUUUGUUCUGAACUUUUUUUUAAUGUA